CGCCUCCCAGCUGAGCGGCUAGGUAAACAAACAGGAGAGGAGAAGAAACGAGCAGCAGCCGCUUUGCUGGGUUCUGGCUCGUUUAGGGACACUUUUCUAUUCACAUCUCUUUUUGUAACAAAACAGGAAAAAAAAUGAUAGCCUGUUGUCUAGAAAAAAUAUCCCUUUGAUACAUUUUCUAACAAGAUUUAAAAACUGCUGGUUGUUUAGUAGUAGCUUUGCUAGCUCAGAGAGAUUGGACUUUUUAUACCAUCAUUUUUAUUAGAGCUCGCAAGAAAAGCUCCGCGUAGGUCAGUAAGGUGUCUUUUUAUUCCCCCUCUAUCACCCUCCACACAGCCAGUUCCAUUAGAUGCAGUCCUGUCUUCCGUGAACAAAUCAAUUUUUUUAAAAAGCGACCGAGCGUUCCUGCCGUUUGCGAAGGUGAAACGUUAACGGCAGACGGCCUCAGGGAAGAAUGACCGAUGUCCAGCUAAUAAAUAUCCAGCGGUUACUGGAGGCAGCGGAGUACAUAGAAAGAAGAGAAAGAGAGUGCGAACAUGGAUAUGCUUCGACCUUCCCUUUAAACCAGAGCACAAACUACCAGAGGCAGAGGAAGUUCCGGAAUAAAAAGUUCAGCAGCAACCACAACAGGUCAACACACAAUGAACUGGAAAAAAACAGACGAGCCCACCUGCGGCUGUGUUUGGAGAGGUUGAAGGCCCUCAUACCUCUGGGACCCGACUGCAGCCGCCACACCACCCUGGGCCUACUUAAUAAAGCCAAAGCACACAUAAAGAAACUUGAAGAAGCCGACAGGAAGAGCCAGUACCAGCUGGAGUCUCUGGAGCGCGAGCAGAGACACCUACAGCGUCAGCUGGAGCUGCUGAGAGGAGGAAGCGCCGCUGCUGUCCAGAGCAGCCCGGGGGACGGGGAGAGAAUACGCAUGGACAGCGUGGGCUCCACCCUCUGCUCCGACCGCUCGGACUCCGACCAAGAAGAGAUUGAGGUGGACGUAGAGAGCACCGAGUUCUCCCAUGGAGAGCUCGACAGCGUGAGCAUGGCCAGCACCAGCGACCUGGACGACCACAGCAGCCUGCAGAGCAUGGCCAGCGACGAGGGCUACUCCUCCUGCAGCGUCAAACUUGCCUUCUCCUCCUAAAGCCGCCGCCAGCACCGACCAGCCGUGCCAAACCCGCCUGUCCUUCUCCUCCACCCCCUCUGCCGUCUUCAUAGCCCAUCCAGCCUCGGCGUCGCCAACGAUGACGGCGUCCCCUCUCCGAGCCUUUUUUUUUUUUUUUGUUACAUCCACUCCGUCUCGCCUCUCCUCUCCCCGAACAACUUGGUUCAAGUUUGGUUUAAAAGGGAGACCGGAGACUUCACACACACACACAUACACACAAGUCCUCUGGAUGUUUUUUUAAAGCGCACUACAAGAAAAGAAGAAAAGAAAAAAAAAAUAUCUGUAAUUGAAUUUAGGUGUGAUAUUUCCUUUUGAUUUUUAAAAAAAGAUGCACAAUCGCUGAUUUUACUCAAAAUGCACUUACAUUUUUUUUUUUUUUAUAACAGUGAACUUGCUCAAGAGUCACCGGUUCUCCAGUGCGGGCGUCUGAACCGAAACUUAACAACGGCGCGGGUUAAGUUUGGGGUAGGGGCCUCGACCCAAACGGUCCCGCGGGCGCCACCAACGUCUUCCCCGUCGUCUCAUUGCUUUAUCCACAGCACAGAGGCUCACAUCCUCCAAAUCGGUGCUACCUACCGGGAAGGCGGGUCAGACGAAAGCGGGCGGAAGCUACAGAAUGCGGUUUCAAAAGUCGCGACUUUGUGCGGGUGUUUCGUUUCCGCCCCUUUCCCCUCAAACACACAGCUGCGACGGGCCGUCCAGCACUCGCCCACUUCGUAGCUGUCCGUCUGUGACAAGGCACAAUCCGAGACGAGAUUAAAACACACACACAAACAAGAAGAAAAAAAAAAAGCAGCAGCAACGAGGAAAAAAAAAACCGUAACAGCUCCCAAGUUUGGAUCAGAGGCACGACCUUUUUUCCAGCAGUAAGAAGCAAUAACUCCCACAGUUUUUUUUUUGUUAUUUUGUCCAAUCCCUUUCCAAUGUCCUUCCUCAGUUCUGUGUGACCGUCAAAAUAAACAAAUUAGAGCAAUUAUUAUUAUUAUUAUUAUCAUAUUUUUUUUUUUGUACAUACAAAUAGCUUGAUAAAUCAAACUUUAAAAAAAGCAAGCAAACAAGCUGAGUUUAAAAAGCUCAUGGAUAGCGCUGUUGCUGUUUGGACUUCUGUUCAUGGUGCAUUAUAAAUGAAAUUUUAUCUUUUCGACAUUUCUUUGCUGUUUGAAAUAAACUAUUUACUCGGCGCCCCGACCGGGGAGCGACGUUUUAUUGGUGUGACGGAGAAAACCCAAACAGAGCAGCUCUCUCUCUCUCUGUCUCUCUCUCUCUCUCUCUCUGUCUCUCUCUGUCUCUCUCUCUGUCUCUCUCUCUCUCUCUCUCUGUCUCUCUCUGUCUCUCUCUCUGUCUCUCUCUCUCUCUCUGUGUCCUGUCGGGACUUUCAGUUGGAGGAUGCGGCUGUAGUUUAGGGCAGUUGUUGUUAUUAUUAUUCUACUUUUUUUGUUGUUGUUGUUGUUUUUAUUUAUUGGAUUUCUUUUUUUUGUUUUUGAACUUCUUGUUUGAUAUUCCUCGUGCAUGUGGCAUUCCUCCGGUGGGUCGGGCGUCCCUGAAGGAGAAAAACGGGUCAUAUGAUGUCAAUAAUCUCCAUCCUAACCUUUCACUGGCAUUACGAAUUGCACUUCAACCACGGUUUCCUUUUUCUGCUCCGCCCGCCAUCCAUUCGUUUUCCCCCCGUCCGAAAUGAGAACGGGAAGAACGCUGCUCGCUUUUGCAUAUUUAUUUCUCAGUCCCUUAAAGAGCACAAGCAGUGGGGGGGAAUGGGAGGCGAAAAAGUUAACUUAUUUUGGUUCUGUCUUAUUUUACUCACUAUUAUUCCUCAUUCCUUAUUUUAAGAAAUGUAUAUUUUAUGUGAUCAAUAAGCUUUUUUUUUUUGUUUUGUUUUUUCUUUGCUUUUCGGGGUGGGGAGGAUUUUAAGGAAUAACAAUAAUAAUAAUAAAAAAAGCCUAGCCAUUUUGUUUGAUUAUUGUUAUUUUUCAGAUGUUUGACUCAAUGGACACUUGAAAUGUACUCGGGAUCCAUAAGCUGCUCCUAGUGCUGGGUCGCCGGCCUCGUCCAGAACCGCCUCCGUCCUCGAGCAAUCGCUUCAGUCUCCAUUCUUAUUUCAUUUUUUUUAUUAUUAUUAUGUUAAAUUGUUUUGUUUUUGUUGUUUCUGCUCCGAGGGUCGAGCUGCUUCUGCACGAGACUCGCACACAGCCAAGACUUUUACUGGCAAAUGCUGAGCCAGCUACUUACACAAUAAAAAAAAAAAAAAAAAAAAAAAGGGGGGGGGGGGUCUAAAAAUCAAAACACAAGAAAAAAAACAAACAAAAAAACGCAGCUUUCCUCUAUUGAGAGGAUUGUCGUCUCUAUUCGACUUGUGUUUUAGUUGACUAAAUAUGUCUUACAUUUACCUCCAUUUGAGGAUUUAAUGGGUAAAAAGAAAAGAAAAAGUAAAAAAAAAAAAAGUAAUAAGAACAAACCUUUGGUUGCCGCAGGGCGUCACUGAGGUGUGGGCUCCUGCCCUCAGAGCUCGGUGGAGGUUGUUGGACUUGGCACUGAAUCAGAAAGUCACCGCUUUUUUGGUGCUUUAUUGUAAAAACAAAAAUGCCAAAAAAAAAAAAAAAAAGGAAACACCUCAGAACACCUCAGUGUCCUCUCUCUUUCUCUCUCUCUCUCUUUGAGGGACAGUUUACAUUUGCUCCCCCCCACCUUUAAUUUAAUAACUUCCAUCUUAGUGUUGCUUUAUUGUUGUUGUUUUUUUUCUUUUCCCUCAUAUGUUGGCUUCUGAAACUGCACUGCUGAAAGUAGAAGAGCUCCUUGGUUGACCACAGAUCUCUCUCUCUCUCUCUCUCUCCCUGUGCAACAUGCUGUGUUUUUACAGCACGUUUGAUAAAAACGGCAGAACAAGACGUGAUGAAAUCGGGUGUCCAAAAUCGGACAAUAUUUGAUCUUGACCGAAACCAGCUGUUCCGAUUUAUUGGCAUAUAAAACUUAUGCAAGUGUGUGUGCGCGUGUGUGUGCGUUCUUGAAGGACCAAAGCUUUAGCAAAAAAUAGGACCUGAUCUUGAACUUGCCUUUUAGACUCUUUUUUUGGGGGGGUGGGGAUGAAUUUUAGCCUUCCAGGGUGUGUUUAUCUCAGAAUGACUGGUCUACACGGUGUGACUUGCACUAAGUGUAAAAGCGAAGCUUGAUUGUGGGUUUGGUGCAGACUGGGUCCCAGAUCAGCUAAUAGGCAGGUCUGGAGGGAAGAAAAAAAAAGUAUUUUUGGCUUGCAUAUCUUCUCAAAACUAUAUUUUCCUCUUAAGCGUCUGAGCUCAAAUUUGAGUUUUCUUUCAUUUUUCCCCUGGUCUCUGUCUCUGAACGAAUGGCCGCCUUCUUCUAGGAGCAGUGCAGUAGAGACGCCCCCUGUCGUUGUGAACCUGUGGCCAUUUUGUUUUUCUUUUUCUGUUUUUUUUUUUUGUGAAACAUGCACUCUGGUGACGACGACAGUGACGAUGAUGAAGAGGAGGAAUAACCUCGUUGUGUAUGUUGAACAUGCAAUACCGACAAUAAAGCCACCAAGAUUUCCCAAACCUACAGGACUGAAAUGAGCUGUUACUACCACAACAUGUCUCCUGAAUGUACUGUAAAGAGAUGGCUCACACUGAGAUGAAUAAAGUUUGUGACUUUCCAUCUGA